AUGUGCGAGGAGGAGACCACCGCCCUGGUCUGCGACAACGGCUCUGGCCUCUGCAAAGCCGGAUUUGCCGGCGACGAUGCCCCCCGCGCUGUCUUUCCCUCCAUUGUGGGGCGGCCCCGGCACCAGGGUGUCAUGGUAGGCAUGGGGCAGAAAGACAGCUACGUGGGCGACGAGGCGCAGAGUAAGAGGGGUAUCCUCACGCUCAAGUACCCCAUCGAGCACGGCAUCAUCACCAACUGGGAUGACAUGGAGAAGAUCUGGCACCACUCCUUCUACAACGAGCUGCGCGUCGCCCCCGAGGAGCACCCGACCCUGCUCACCGAGGCACCCCUCAACCCCAAGGCCAACCGGGAGAAGAUGACCCAGAUCAUGUUCGAAACCUUUAACGUCCCCGCCAUGUACGUUGCCAUCCAAGCCGUCCUCUCCCUCUACGCCUCCGGCCGCACGACCGGCAUUGUCCUCGACUCCGGGGACGGCGUCACCCACAACGUGCCCAUCUAUGAGGGCUACGCUCUGCCCCACGCCAUCAUGCGUCUCGACUUGGCCGGCCGUGAUCUCACUGACUACCUCAUGAAGAUCCUCACCGAGAGGGGCUACUCCUUCGUCACCACCGCCGAGAGGGAAAUUGUGCGUGACAUAAAGGAGAAGCUCUGCUAUGUCGCCCCACCAGCAGGCAACCACCUCCCAUGGGUGCCCCACAGAGGCAUUUCAGGUCUCCCCCAAGUGCUUCGCACCCCAAAUGGGGGGACAAACCCAUCAGUGAUCCCAUGGCUCUUUUGGGGAGCCCUGAGAAGGCACGGAUGGGAGUCAGGGUGCUGACAGCCCCCUUCCACCCCAGGCAUGGAGUCAGCUGGCAUCCAUGAGACAACCUACAACUCCAUCAUGAAGUGCGACAUCGACAUCCGCAAGGACCUCUACGCCAACAACGUGUUGUCCGGCGGCACCACCAUGUACCCCGGCAUCGCUGACCGCAUGCAGAAGGAAAUCACGGCACUGGCUCCCAGCACCAUGAAGAUCAAAAUCAUCGCCCCGCCAGAGCGGAAGUACUCGGUGUGGAUCGGCGGCUCCAUCCUGGCGUCCCUCUCCACCUUCCAGCAGAUGUGGAUCAGCAAACCCGAGUACGACGAGGCCGGACCCUCCAUUGUCCACCGAAAAUGCUUCUAA